AUGCUGGCUUGUCGAGGUUUUGCCUCUUCGCAUGUGCUCUUUGCAAGGACACUUUGUGCAUGGCCAGCACAGAAGAUGCCGUUUAGACUGACCACACGGCACAGCUCUUCUAUACAGACGGUUGGCGUCGAAGCUCUAGCCGAGUAUAUACACGCCCAAAUCAAUGGCACCUUCAGCAAUGUUGAGGAGCAGCUUACGGAACUCGCGCAGAUUCUGGGGUAUAUGACAGAGGCACAGCGGCAGGAAAUCUGCAUUGCUGAUGCCAAGUUGCUGGUUGAAGACAUCGGGGCGUGCCCAUUGAGUCUGGAGAGCCAUUUGCGAGGAGGUGCAGAGACGCCGAGUCCUGAAGAAGAUGCUUCCUCGGGCGCUGCGAUGCCAGCCCUCCGUGGGGAGGAGACAGAUGCAGAGUUGGCGGUCCAGGCGUUCAUUGAGGCCAAGAACGGUCAAUCCCACCAGGCAACGCCAUUCAUCAAGCAACACGGUAUUCAUGUGCCGGCAGGAGGAGCCAAGGGAUGGCAGUUUGUGCUGAUUGCGUACGACCCUCUCGGACGGAAAGAUGGGCGCAAGCUGGUCUUGACACAGAAUACAAAGGAUUCACAAAGGGACGCGAAGCGACUUCGACAGUUUAUCCUGCAGAAUCAACAGCCUGGCAUGGUGAAAUGCGACCGCUGUCACCAGUGGUGGGAUAGACAUACCCACAUUCAGCACCAUGAAUUGGACUUGGGCGGCUGCCACGGGUUUUGCCCCACUGCAAGCAAACGAAGUGGCUGA